UUGGCUCCAAAAGUUGACAGCUGAUGAUUCAGCUUGGAUUUUCGCUUUGCUCCAGUUUGUGGUUUUCGGUUGAGUGUCGACUUCAAUAGUUUAGUGAUACGCUCUCGGACAAUGGAAGUAUAUAUUAUACGGGCUGCAAACUAAAUUACCGAUAUUGGUAUCUAUUUAACGUGAAUAUUUUGAAUGCAUGCAAGAAUAUUUUAAUUCUGCUUUCACCAACAAUUGGUAAAAAAGGCAACAGCAUUUAUAAGUCUUUGUGGGUGCAGCCGAGUGAAACGUUAGUUUUUUAUUAAUAUAUUUCAUGGUACAGACAUCAAUAUAAACUGAAUAUUAGUGAGAUUUUCUGUGAUUCUGGUCAAUUUAAGUACACUUCUGUUACGCAUACAAAAUUGUGACUCGGUGAGCAAUUGACCAAACUUGGUUUAAAUUUUCGUGGGCGUUUGUGUGAACGAACGACACAAAUUGUCGCGUUUAACUGUCGACGUACCCAUCGCUGGUACAAUUGAGAUGAUCCAGCAGCCAGCAGAAAGACGCAAUGGCAGCGGUGAGACCGUUGCCAGUGAUGAGACGGCGCCGAUUGCCUCACAUCGCAGCGGUGGGGCUUCAUCGAUGUUUCGUUCGUUUGGCUCACUUUUUGGGGCAAACAGCAACAAUGGAGGCAAUGUUGGCGGCAUACAUUCGCCUUCAAAUGCAACUGUUCACGGUUACGUGGAGUUCGGUAUGCAAGAUCCAGAUAGAAGCGGCCGAACUCUGGGUACUUUUGCAGGCGUAUUCAGUCCCGUAGCAUUGUCAAUGUUUAGCGCUUUAGUCUUUAUACGUGUGGGAUUUAUUGUCGGCAAUGCUGGUCUUUACGUGACGCUUCUGCAAUUCGUUAUCGCCUACUUAAUUCUCCUAUUUACGGUCGCUUCUGUUUGUGCGAUCUCCACUAAUGGCGCCGUAGAAGGGGGUGGCGUCUAUUUCAUGAUAAGUCGUACAUUGGGUCUAGAGUUUGGCGGCUCAAUUGGCACGCUUUUCUUUCUAGCAAAUGUCGUCGGAUGUGCUAUGGCGAUAUCUGGAUGUACUGAGGGCAUGAUGGAGAACUUUGGUCCUGGCGGUUACUUUACUCAAUAUGGCAAAUCGCUGCCAGAUGGCACUUGGUGGCGUUUCUUCUUUUCUACGCUAAUCAAUACGGCAAUGUUAGUAGUGUGUUUGAUUGGAGCGGCGCUCUUUGCUAAGACAUCGGUAUUAAUUUUGGGUAUUGUAACUGUGUGCUUGUUGGCAACAUACAUAAGUUUCUUGGCCGAAGGUCCAAAGGAGAUUGAUGUACCCAAGGAAAACAGCAUCAUCGGUAAUACGACCAAACUUAAUUACACCGGUCUCAGUACACAAACCUUGAUGGACAACCUUUAUCCACACUAUGCAAAAGAUUACACCUCGAAUGGUAAAAUGGUUGAUUUCGCCACCACAUUUGGUGUGUUGUUCGCUGGUGUGACUGGCAUUAUGGCUGGUGCUAAUAUGUCGGGUGAAUUAAAGAGUCCUUCCAGAAGUAUUCCAACUGGCACAUUAUCGGCUGUGAGCUUCACUUUUGUCUCUUAUAUUUUACUCUCAUUUCUGAUGGCAUUAACCACACCAGCUGUGACAAUGCAAAAUAACUAUCUAUUCCUGAUGCCUGUCAACUUUUGGCCACCCUUCACAGCCAUUGGCAUACUUACUGCCACAUUUUCAACCGGUCUGAGCAAUCUAAUUGGAUCCAGUCGUAUUUUGGAAGCAUUAUCAAAGGAUCAAGUUUUUGGAUCACUGUUAAAAUUUGUAUUACGAGGUACCUGGAAGGGUAAUCCCGUUGCAGCAGUAGUCACCAGUUGGGUACUCGUGGAAUGUAUAUUGCUCAUAGGUUCUUUGAACACGAUUGCUCAAGUCAAUUCAGUACUGUUUAUGCUUUCUUAUUUGGCGACUAACUUGGCUUGCUUGGGUAUCGAGUUGACUGGUGCGCCGAACUUCCGCCCACUUUUCAAGUAUUUCACCUGGCACACCUGUCUGAUUGGUCUGCUUGGUACAUUAAUCAUGAUGUUUGUGAUAAAUCCUAUUUAUGCAUCGUCCAGUAUUAUUUUAUGUUUGAUCUUGGUGAUCGCACUGCAUCUGUUCUCGCCAGCUUCGCAGGGCACACAAUGGGGCUCGAUAUCGCAAGCAUUAAUGUUCCAUCAGGUACGCAAGUACUUAUUAAUGUUAGAUUCACGCAAAGAUCAUGUGAAGUUCUGGCGUCCACAAAUGCUAUUGCUGGUAUCAUCACCGCGUUCCUGCUGCCCACUUGUAGAUUUUGUCAAUGAUAUGAAAAAGGGUGGGCUUUAUGUGAUUGGCCAUGUGAAGGUUGGUGACUAUACGGCCUUCGUCGAUCCAACGAUUGAAGAGAACAAAUAUUGGCUAUCCUUUUUGGAUCAUAUGAAAGUGAAAGCGUUUGCUGAAGUUACGCUGGCACAAUCUAUACGCGAAGGCGUUCAACAUUUGAUACGCCUAUCAGGUAUCGGUGCAAUGAAGCCAAAUACCAUAAUCCUAGGAUUCUUCGAUAGUGAAGCACCAAAGGACUUUUUCGAAGCGGGAACUUCACCAUAUAAAACCGAUGGCUUUAAUAAUGGAGAAAUUCAAAACUUUCCAAUUCGUCGUGACGGUGAAGAGAAAAAAAUCGAUGUCGCUGAAUAUGUAGCCAUUAUGAGCGAUGUGUUGCGUAUGAAGAAAAACUUAUGCUUGUGUCGGCAUUUCCAUCGUUUGGAUAAGAACUUCAUUGCAAAAAGCAAGCAUUUAAAGUACAUAGAUGUUUGGCCAAUCAACGUUUUCAAUCCCAAUCCAAAUAAUCCUUUCGAUGUAGUGUCACUUUUCAUGAUGCAAUUGGCUGUAAUAAUAAAUAUGCUUGCCAAAUGGAAGCACUUACGUUUGCGCGUUUUCCUAUGUGAAUCGAACAAUGCAAAUUCUAAUGUUAGUUCAUUUGACACGCAAAUGCCACAGUUGGAUAUCUUCUCUAGAAUGAGACUGGAGCAAUCUUUGAAGAAUUUACGUAUCGAGGCGGAUAUAAUAGAGAUUCAAGAAUGGAAUCGUGAGUCCGAAUUCACAAGCCAUUCGAGCAUACUCAAACAAUUUACAAGCCAUGCUGAGGAUGUCAGUGAAUUAAUUACGGAAGAAAAUCUCAACCGCUCGCUACUCUAUAUGCAAAGAGCAAAUCAAAUAAUUCGUGAACGGUCCGAUCAGACAGCGGUUUCUUUCAUAUAUCUGGCAGCUCCCCCACAAAUCGACACACCUGAUUUUACAGAGCGCAGCGCACGUUACAUUGAAUUGCUUACAGAGUUGACCGCUGAAUUGCCACCCACUAUUCUGGUGCAUGGCAUAAGUACAGUUACUUCCACCACGCUUUAAACUUGACAAUUGCAACUGUUUGAUGCCGGUAUUAAAUGUAUGGUUGGUGUAAGUGUGUAUUAAGUAAGCAAAACAUUUCAGUAAAACAAGCAACUUUCUCCAUCUGUGAAUAUAUUUUGGCUUUUUGUUCAAUUUGA